CAGGCCCGCUCAGCCGAGCGCCGAUGCCGCCGGGCCCGGCCCGCAAGGGGGGCCGCGGCGGGGAUGGCGCUGUCCAGGGGGCUGCGGUGCUGCCAGCAGGUCUUCGGCUGGGUGCCCGUCCUCAUCAUCGCGCUGGUGGUGCUCUGGUCCUACUACGCCUAUGUCGUCGAGCUCUGCCUGGUGACUCUGACAAACUCUGUAGAAAAAGUGGCCUAUCUCACAGUAUUCCAUAUCAUCUUUAUAUUCUUCAUAUGGACGUAUUGGAAGUCUAUAUUUACUCCUCCACUGCAACCGGACAAAAAGUUCCACAUGUCGUAUGCCGACAAGGAACGCUAUGAGGAUGAAGAAAGGCCCGAGGGCCAGAGGCAGAUCCUCGCAGAGAUGGCCCGGAAGUUGCCAGUUUGUACAAGGACAGGGAAUGGCGCCAUUCGAUUCUGUGACAGAUGUCAGCUUAUCAAACCUGACCGAUGUCACCAUUGCUCAGUUUGCGCUGUGUGCGUGUUAAAAAUGGACCAUCACUGCCCAUGGGUGAACAACUGCAUCGGCUUUUCUAACUACAAGUUCUUCCUACUGUUUUUAGCCUAUUCUCUGUUGUACUGCAUAUUUAUUGCAACAACAGUCUUCAAAUAUUUCAUCAAAUUCUGGACAAUGGAGCCGACCAGUGGUCAUUCCAGGUUCCACGUCCUCUUUCUUCUUUUUGUGGCAGUCAUGUUUUGGGUCAGCCUGUUGUUCCUCUUUGGCUACCACUGCUGGCUCGUCAGUCAGAACAGAUCGACUCUAGAGGCUUUCUCAGCUCCCGUGUUUUCCGGCGGCCCUGAUAAAAAUGGCUUCAACCUCGGCUUUCUCAGAAACCUUCAGCAGGUGUUUGGGGAAGAGAAGAGACUCUGGUUAUUCCCGGUGAAGUCCAGCCAGGGGGACGGACACUCUUUCCCCAUCCGAGCCCAGAGCGAAGCCCGGAACCCCCUGCUGGCAAACGAGGAGCAAUGGGAGGAAGACGGGAUGGAAGAUGGCAGCCAACACAAUUACCAGCAAGGGACUUCCCUUUCCAUUGAAAUGGAGACAUAGCAGCUUUGAAGAGCUGAGGUUGUGCAACUCAUGAGCUCUGCUUCCUCUGGUGAUGGAGACUUCGGGGGCAUAAAAAGAAGAAAAAAAAGCGCUUGGAUCAGAAAACGAAAAGCAACAUUGGAGGCUAAUUCUCGUUUUCCGAAAGGCUUCUUGAGCAGACUGUCCUUGGUGACACUUCCAAGGUUUGCUACACAUUACGGAUUUUUUUUUAAACAUGGCAUCUGAAGUGAUUCAUGACCUUCUCUUUUUGUAUGCCUUCCCCAGAAGAAGGGAAAACUGCUUAGUGCAAAAGCAUUUCCAAGUGCCUUAAGGGGCAUUUUGCUAGCAGCCUGGACUUCGUGUUGUCUCGUUUUGCCAAAUAGGAAGAAGAGCUGUGUAAAAGGGUUUAGACGGACGGUUAAGCAGACGACUGAAAGCAGGAAUCAUGGCUGCCAAACCAAGUGUUGCUGCUAGAGAACGAGGUGAAUACUCACUGCUUCUGUGGCCCUAGCAAACCUCCAACACCCUUGGGCCCUAAAUGUCCUCAUCAUUAACUCUGAUUUUGCUAGAAAAAAAUCCGGCUCUUUUGAGUUCGCCUUUUUGAUGUAAGCACAAUCCUCGUUGUAGGUGCCUACAAUUGUCUGAAAUUCAUUCCGAACAGCUUCCGCUCUGGAACUAGUUUCUGCUAUGAAAAAUAAUCAUUUUAAAUUGAAUUGCACAACAGUGACCCUGUAUCAGACUGUCCAUGGAGGCUCAUGUGGCUAUGGGCAUCUUUAGACAGAGCCUGCCAGGGAAGGAAAGCCCGGCCCCUGGUUUUGCACGAAGGGGAGCCUUGCUUGGAGCCAGGCCAGCCUCACUUCAUGGACUUUUAAACCCUUUGCAUAAUCUGAUCAGGAAUAAGAUUGGUGUCUCUCUGUCAUUCCUUUGUUUUCAAAUACUAAAAGAAAAUCAUGGAUAGAGAAGUCCAAAAGGCUGGCCUUCCCCCUGCCCCUUUAACUUGAGUGCUGGGUGACUUGAUCUCAAAUGUUGGUGUUGCAAGAAGAGGUUUUGAUCCAAGUGGAAUUCCCACCCUCCAAAAGAUUUUUUUUUCAUGCUUUUCAGUGACUAUACAGAAAUAGGUUCUUAUCUUCCCUCUUUAGAACUUUGGAGAAGAAAACAGCCGAGCACCAUAAUGGGAGGUCAUUGGAAGGAGGUUGUAGACGUCAACCCUUUUGCACAAUCAACAGGAUGGGGGGAUGGGCUGAUGGUGCAGCUUCAGGGGCUGGAGCUAAACUAACUUCCCCCAGUGCCAAGAUCGCAUCACCAAACCAGGCAACUGCAUCUCUCUGCUUAUGCUCUGUUUGGCCUCCCCACCCACACCCUGCAGCCACACAAGCAGAUGAAAGAGAAAGCAAUAGUUGAGCUCUCUCAAUAUAAGCCCAUUCCAGUACUGCCUGGCAUAGUACCCCCAUCCCACAGGGGCCAUAGUUUUUUUUAAGAAGGCUUUUUAAAAAUCCUGGAGUUGGAAAAGGCAGUCCACCAUGUUUAUAGUGGCUAAGAUGCCCUCAAAGUUUUGGCCAGGACCUCUGUGGCUUUGUUAGUGGUGCAUCUUUGGGGUUUUUGGACAUGCUCGUGCUAAGAAGUAACCCAAUUUCAUAGCUGGCUGGGCCUCCUUUGUGCAGCUGUACCCUUUGUUGAUUCUCUAGGUUAGACCUUCCAAGAUUCGCCCUCCAGAAUUGUCUAGGCUAUUAAAAAAACCCUUAAUGCGUUAAUUUUUCUCAGUGUAGAAAGGUGCCAGUCAGAGAAACUGAAGCAGACACAAAUCUUAGGGCAAAUAUUGAAGCUUUACUAAUUUCAAUAGAAGUAGUUUAAACAUUUUUUUUCUGCUGAUUAUAUUAGUCCUUUGAAUGCUAUAUAUUUUAAGCAAAAUAGACAUUUGCGUGGGUCCACGUUUAACGCUGAUAGUUUAACUUCAUAACGGUGCUGUCAAUCAAUUGCAAUGUGUUUCCCUUUCUUAAAGGACUCUUUUCUUCUUCACAUCGAUCAGAGCAAUUAAACGCUAACAUUUAAUUAACAAAUUAACAAAUGCAUCUCCACUCUCACAUGUCAAAAAUAUAAUCUACUAAAACACUAGAACAUGUAUUUGGGGGGGAAUUAGUUUUAAUGGUGUGUCUCCAACCUCAUGGAACUACGUGAGAAAAGCAUCUCAGCUGCUUCUAAACACUCCCAGGUCCACUCAGAAGAGGUGAAAAGCUUGUCUGGCUUUGUUCAUCUCUUACUAAAAGUGGGGUCCAGAAUUUGGGAAUCUAGCAAGCUGGGUAAAGUGUGCCUUGGAAAAUCUCCAAAACCAGGUCUGAUCAGCAGGAGUCUUUUGGGGUCUUGAAGGAAUGGCCUGGUCAACGGCCCUCCCAAUUUCAGGCACUUCUUCAUGCCCCGAAUUUCCAGCUGUUUUUAGACAUUCUUGAAUUAGGGACACCAACGGCAGAGGGAAAACCCUGGCACUUCUGGGCCUUGGCAUUAGUCCCAAAUAAACAAUUGACUAGCAGCAGCUAUAGUUGUAGCCCAGUGUUGCUCAACCUUGCUGAUUUUUUUAGGUGGGUGGAUUUCAACUCCCAGAAGUUCCCUACUGAGUGUGCUGGCUAGGGUAUUCUGGAAAUGGAAGCCCACAAAUCUUAAAAGUCAGCAAGGUUGAGAAACACCAUUAUAAGCCUUUAUCAAGGCAAGGAACAGCUCAAGCACUCGUCUACUUAACAGCUGUGUCAAAAAACAGCCGCCAGGGAAGGUGGGUUCUUUAGCCACCUUGAACUUAAAUCAUUCCUGAUGAUUUCCAAAGCUUCCCUAACCUCAGCAGCCUAAUUUAAGGAUAAAAAUCUACUUGGUGUCCUUAAGGCUAAAUCAUUGGGAGUAAAACAAAAAAACAACCCUUUCUCCAGCUAUUAUAACUCACCCAAUCUGUUCUAUGCAGGGAAGCCCUGCAGGAAAAACUCCAGUAGCCCUGCAGACUUCUCCUAGCAGCCUCUCCCAGAGUCCACUCCAGCUGUGAGGCCUCUUCUCUGCCAGCUUCCUUGGGAGCGGGGCAGCUGUUGAGCUUGAAAAGGCACAAGUGGAAUACAUGCGAAUUAUAUUUCUCCUGUGUGCUGCUUGGGGAAUCCAAGCAUGGGUUAACUUUGUCCUUUAGCCUAGAGACUGAGCUAUGCAAAUGUUGACCAUGCCUCCUCUGACUGGAUGGGUCAGUUUUUUAACUCAGUCCAGCCGAAAGAGACGUAUUUCCAUUUUCUCUACACUAAUCGACAAAAUUUACUCUAAUUUACUGGAUUCUGAGAUCGUAGAGGCAGUUUCUUUGAUUAUUGCAUGACGGAAGACAAAGGCGACAGUUCGCUGUCAGCCAAAACCUUCGGCGUUGGCCAUUCGCCUGAGAUCGACGGCUAUGAGACUUACAGGAGCUUUCGAGUCCUUGUACUGCAGCUGCUUAUUUUGAGCGUGGGAUUGGUUUGCCGCUUCCCCUUUAUUGCUGAUCGCGCACGCACCCUGAGUCGUUUUGCUGCCCCGCACCGUCUUGCAUCGGGAACGGCCGACGUUGCGGCUUUAGCGACGCGGUUUUAUCACCGCUAUUUUGACGAGCGCGGUUUUGUCGUGCCAUGAGCUUCCCCAGCUUUAAUUCCAUCAGAGAUUUCUGAAGGCUUGAAGGCAGAGGACCGCAAGGCUGAGUCAGUCAUUCGUAAGACCCAUCAUGCUGCAGCCUUACGUGCUGCUACUGCAGCAUCCUUCUUUAAUAGGACCUCCUUGGUCUGGCUCAGGCAGUUGCAGAGUAGGCUUGCCCCUGAGGAAAUGCACCUUCACCAGGAUAUUACCAAGUUGAUGGCAGCCCUGGAAUUUUCUGUGGAUGCCAUUCUUAAUGCAGCAAAAUUUGCAUCUCAGGCCGUGGUAUCCAAUGUUGCGUCCCGACGUUUGCUAUGGCUUCGCUAUUGGCAAGCUGACGUUAAAUCUAAGUGGCGCUUUGCUUCCAUGCCCUUCAAGGGUGGAGCGUUAUUCGGAUCUGUCCUGCAUCCAAUUCUCAUUGAAACCAGGGAUAAACGUAAGGUUUACUCCCUUACUCCCCAGUGGGCACACCAACAGGAGACAACAACCUUAAAAUAGGCGCCAGUCCUUUCGGGCCGGAGAUUCAGGUUUCACUACCGCCCCUUAUGUUCCCCACUAUAACAGGGCCUUCUCCCAGCCACAGGACCGCGGCCAGGAUCGCACGGGAGCCAGGGAUAGGGGCUGCCAGAAGAACCAUGCACAAUCCCAGGCCAGAAGACCAUUUCGUGGGGCUGGCAACCGGUCUUUUCGGAGGUACCAGUGACUCACAUGGGGAGGAACCCAUCGGCGGCCGUCUCCUGGUCUUCGCCCAUCAGUAGGCAGAGACCACGUCCGACACCUGGGCCCUUCAGGUUGUGAGGCUGGGCCUCACUCUAGAAUUUCUCUCCAUCCCCCCAAGACGAUUCAUCAAGUGUCCUGUACGCAGGUGCCCGGUGAAAAGGCGUCUCAUGGACACCUAAAUACAACACCUUAUCGCCAUCAAUGCCAUAGAGCAGGUGCCCAAGGGUCAGGAGGGGCUAGGUUUUUACUCCAUCUUAUUCCUAGUGACCAAGGGCUCGGGGGAAUGGCGGACCAUCCUAGAUUUGAAAAGGCUCAAUCUGUACAUCAAGUAUCAAAAGUUCAAGAUGCAAUCCCUCAAAAGCAUCUUGGCAUCCAUCUGCCAGGGCAACAUGAUGACAUCAGUCGACAUCAAGGAGGCGUACCUCCACGUGCCCAUCCAUCCGGCACAUCGGAGGUUUCUAUGCUUUCAUUUCGCUGGCCGGCACUUUCAAUACCGGGCCUUACCCUUCGGCCUGUCAUCGGCCCCUCGAACAUUUACCAAGCUCCUGGCUGUGGUAGUGGCGUCGCUUCGCUUGGUUCCAAUACGAGUGAAUUGUUACCUAGACGACAUCUUGGUUUUAUCUCCAUCCCGGAACCAGGCUCUACGGAUCUACAGGUAACAAUGGACUCACUAAAGAGACACAGGUUUGUCCUGAACCUUCCCAAGAGUCAUCUACAGCCUACCGCGUCGUUGCUCCACCUGGGGACCAUCAUCAACUCCGUUACAUGUGAAGUGUCCCUAUCUUUGGAGAGGCAACAGAGCAUCCAGCACCUGGCGAAUCAGGUACUAUCUCAGAGACUCUUACCACUGGCAAUGCUUUCCCAACUACUUGGGAAAAUGAUUUCCUGUAUAAACAUUGUUCCCUGGGCCAGGUUCCAUGCACGACCACUUCCAUGGUUCCUGCUCCCCUUCCAGAGGGCACAUACCAGCCAUUCCCAGAUCAAAGUUUGGCUCCCGCCCAAGCCUUUCAGGUCCCUCCGGUGGUGGACAUCCUCCAAACUUCUCAAGGGGUGUCCAUUCAAGGAACUGGACUGCAUCCAAGUUACAACGGAUGCCAGUCUAUUCGGAUGGGGGGCCCAUGCCCUGGACCGAGUCGCACAGGGCCGAUGGUUGA